CACGCGACGUGAAAGGAGUUCAACAUUGGAUAUCUAUAGAGCUUUACAGCUAGUUUAUCCCAGUGUCCAGACGGAGGAUUUUCUCAGACAUCUCACCAGUUGGAUUCUACUAGCAAGUCAGACGCCAGACCCAGAAUGAAGGCGAUCAGUCCCGUUCGCUCUGUCAGAAGCUGCUAUGAAGCGGUGUGCUGUAUCUCGGAGCAGAGCCUCGCGAUCAGCCGCUGCAAGAGUCCUUCCGAGGAGCUGUCCGACAUGAAUAUGAAUGACUGUUACUCCAAACUCAAAGAGCUGGUGCCCAGCAUCCCGCAGAACAAGUCCGUGAGCCAAGUGGAGAUUCUCCAACAUGUCAUCGACUACAUCUUCGACUUACAGAUAGCGCUGGAAAACGAGACAGACACACAAAACACGCCUGACAUUUUCCUGUCAAUGAAGAACUCAGAGAUGAGCCGUAAUUUCUCCAAAGAAGAUGGAGCUAUGUGCCAUUAGGAUGGAUGAAUGAUAUCAGUCAAUGGUGCGGGACAGAAACUUUUCUCCUCCACUUAUGGAAGAAAAGAGAGUGAAGGGGUGAGCCGGGUGAAGGAGUGAGGCUCUAUUCAGAGUGUGGGAAAGCAAUCUGCGCCCCUCUCGAGCUGUCUAUUCUUUGGUCACUGGACACUUGAACAAACCAAAGCCGAGGAGUUUUUAAGAUCACAAAAAAGAAAAGCCCUCUGAUUUUUUUUUUUUUUUCCUUAAUCAUUCCUGUUUUUGUGGCAACAAUCAAGCAUUGUGUAUUUUGUACUGGCUACAUUCCUGACUAUUUGGACUAACUAAUAUCUCUUCACACACCCUUCCUUCCCAGCCCCCCUCCACCCCUUUUGUAAUAUUUUUUUUUAUUUUCUUGAAAACAUUUUCACAGUCAGCAUGGCUGCAGUUUGGUCUCAGCGAGCUUCUCGAUCACGGGAUGAUGUGUGUAUAUAUUGUGCUUGAGGGGAGUUUUUGUAUUAUAGGGUGGGAAAGGCAGUGGGGAUAAAGACUUGGAUUAGAAUAUGAACUCUAUAAUAUAGAGUGGAUUGUAUAUGUUUGUGGGGAUUGUCUAUUUCUACAGACUGUCAGAUCAACGAGUUUCAUAAACUCAUUUAAGAGUUUUUUCUUUGUACUUACUCUUUUUACACAAGAAAAUAAAUCAUAUGAAAGUCA